CGGCGCCGACAUGUGGGCAGAACUGGGUAUGCCGAAAUCGAAAAUCAUGGUCGGAAUCCCAACGUACGGCCUCUCCUGGGUGCUUGAGAAUCCUUUACAGUGGACGGUUGGGUGUUCCGCCACCGGACGUGACAAACAUGGCGGCGGUUAUGUCACUUUUCCAGGGGUGUGCGCACUGCUCAAAGACGGCGCACAGCGAGAGUACGACGAGGAAUCGAAAGUCCCGUAUCUGCACAAAGAAAAACUCUGGGUCAGCUACGACGAUCAGGCGAGCGUCGCACUCAAGACAUUGUGGAUUCUGAGCAACGGAUACGGAGGCACAAUGACCUUCAGCUUGAACGCUGACGACUGGGAAGGAAAAUGCGGCAACGGAACUUUCCCACUCCAAAGGGCCAUUGCGCAGUAUGCCACUGGGAACUAUACAAGGUAUACACACCAGGAUCCUUUGAAGUGUUAGAAAUGCGAGCGUUUUGAUAGUGGCAUCUAACGUCUGCAACGCGCUUCGCAAGCCUUCAGGUACCCUUAGCUUGGGCAUUCUAAGAGGCGCACCAUGCAUGGCUCGGGAACAAUCGCAUGCGCCAUAUUCCAGUGAAAUGGGCGAGGCUAGACCAAAUUCUACUGUUUUGAUGACAUCAACAGUGUACUGGCUUUUCUUUCCCUUUCCCAACCGAGCUGGGUCCUGGUUAGGCAAUUCAAAAGCAAAC